AUGGCCUUGAUCACCUCCCUCCGGUCGUCUAUGAGUACGAUUCUUCUCAGACUGCGACUGCUCUGGCUGCCGAACUCUUUGACGGCUGCUACGACAGCUUCAGAACAGAAUGCGAAACCAAACGCCCCCGAGCAGAUGCACGGCAGGGCGAUGGAGCUGAACCCAGACAGCUCUGCUGAAUCCAGAGCUCGCCGGACAGUUCUCUCCAACAGGACCUUGGCUCUGCCGCCCGCCUCUCCACCCACAGGUCCCACGGCAUGCAGCAGCCUCUUGCAUGUCAGAUUCCCCCCCGUGGUCACCACCACUUCACCCGUGGGAAUUCUCCCAUUCGUCGAUUUCAAACUGUACCGCAGGGCCGCCUGCCCGGACCAGGGCGGCAGCGGUCCCCUCGCGGUAAUCCAAAUCCUCCCCGGCAGCGCUCACCAGAGCAUCGACCUCCAGCUGGGUGAUGUCCCCCUGACACAGCAGCACCUCCAGCCCAUCACAGAGGCCCGAAACUCAAAGGCGGCAAAGCCUGGCUUAAAGGUGACCCAUCCCCGGCAUCAGGCCACUCCGGGCUCUGAUCUGGACUACCCUCAGGAUGGUACUGGGAUAGGCAUCAGGUUGAGCUGGGGCCAAGACAGAAACCCUCUCCUCACCUGGGGGAAGCUGAGCGGGGCGGCUUUCGGGGCCCGGUUCUAUCUCCAGUUCUUCCUCAGAAGCAGUACCCUCUUCCUGGGGAUCAGAUGGCUGAUCCUUAGAUUGAGGGGAAGUGAAACUGCUCUGAUCUGUGCGGAGGAACUGCGUCCGACCCGGGCCGCGCUGAGCUGGGACUGGAGGAGGGACGCGCUCCUGGAGCCGCACCUACCCGGCCACGUUUCGGAUCUCCUGAUCCGAUACCGUUCCUGGGGUCUGCCUCAUGUCUUCUUCCUGCUUCUGGAUUUCUUUCUUCACCUCUUCCAGCAUCUCAUUGGUGUAACACUGCCCACCGUUGGCCUCACUUAUCUUCUUUAUGGUACAGAGCAGCUCUUCCACAUGACGCCGAUUGCUCCCGUAGUCGUCUCUGUCAAUCUUCCAGUACUUAUUAUCAAAAACGUGGCAUCUGCCUCCACAUUUCUCCACCAGAUCCUUCAGCUCUUUGUUCAAACUGACAAAUUCUUCGAUCCUCGCUCCCUCCAGCUGGUCUCCGUGCGUAAACACCACUGCAGCGUAUUUCAGAGCCUCAUGGGAGAAAUACUGACAGAUUUUCCUGACGACGUCUUUCUCUUGCUGGGUGAAUUUCUCCACCUUCAGCACAAUGAGAAAAGCGUGAGGCCCCGGAGCGCACUCUGUGAUGCACCGGACGAUCUCAGCCCGAAGCGAGCGCUCGCACCCAGACGUGUCAAAAAGACUGUGGGUGUCUAUCAGGGUCAGGUUUUUUCCACUGACCCUCCGGAAGUUCAGAAGAAACCCAAGUCUCAGGAUCAUUGGAUUGGUGAAGUAUCCUCCAGAGUUUUCCUCCACCAGCCUGUGGAUGGUCCUGAGCAGCUCCGUCCCCUGGAACUGGUUGCUCCUGUAGUCAUCCUCCUGGUUGUCCUUCCAGUAUUUGCUGUCGAAGACGUGGCACCGGCCUCCACACUUCUCCACCAAAUCAUUCAGACUGGCACUCUGAACUACAUACUCUUGUAUUUUCAUCUCUUCGGGCAGCUGGUCACCGUGAGUGAAGACCACAACUGCAUGCUUCAGAAACACAAUCAGAAAGGCGUGAGGCCCGGGGGCGCACUCUAUGAUGCACCUCAGGAUUUCAAGCUUCACGUCCUUCUCAGAGCUGCCGGGACCGAAGACACCAGGGGUGUCAAUCAAAGUGAGGUUCCUGCCAUUGACACGCCUGCUUUCAGCAUGAGUAACACAUCUGUCCGCAUCAUUAAAACGCUUCACUUUGAAUGUGGUCUCCCCAAAUAUGACAUUAGCCAGGCUGCUCUUCCCAUUCCCAGAUCCUCCGAGCAGGACAACUCUUAA